UGGAUUUGCCGAACGCAGUAAUUGAAAGGGAUAAAGAACUAUCUCCGAAAUUCAACUUCUCAAAACAUCAGGCUCAACGGCGUAGCAAUAAUGAUGUCUAUUUAAAGGGAUUUACACAUUUCCGAAGAUAAAAUAAUUGAAGAACCUACAUAAAAGACCUAAAGGACUAAAUUGUUUACAUAAAAGUGCCUAUAUCCGAAAAAACAAUAUUUUUUUUGUUUAUACCUCUUUUAUCCCCCCAAGGCUUGGAUCUGGGUACGCCACUGGGUCAAAACCAUAGACAGACCUAAUAUGAUAUUAGAUCUAAGCUAAGGUCAAAACCAAAUCUUCGAAGAAUGGGGCAUAGAAAGAAGGAAAAUAAUUUGAGACAACUUUGUGGAGAUAACCUUCCAAAUAAUAACAUCAAACAAAAUAGUAUCAUAUCAUUUGAAAAUAUAUCAAAUAAGUUUCCAUGUGAACCUAAGUUGUGAUUGAUUGAUAUUUUCAUUUUCGAAUCUCUUUGUGUUGAGCUGUAAAACUUGUGGACCUCUAUUAAUAUCAUGGAUCCUUUACUAAUACAACAACAAUUGAAAAACAAUACUGAGGCUUUGUUCGAUUUCUCUAAUGAUUUGAAAUCCUGGGGAGAAGAAAUGAAAAGGAAGGAUGAAGAGCGGAAAUCACAAAAAUUGCAAGUUGAGAAAAAGGAACCUAAACGGCAAGAAAUCAUAAAACAAAAACUCGAAGAAAAUAAUAGAGCUAAGAAGGAAAUAUUAAAUGAAAAAAAUGAAAUUAAAAAAAAACAUAUGUCAUAUGCAGAUUGGGAUAAAUUUGAUGCCGAUAAGGAAUGUGAAAAAGUGGAUGAAGAAUCUGAUGCUGAAUCCAAUUCAGAUUCAUUGAUAGAAGAUCUAAGGGAUCAAGCAAUUAUUGAAAAGGAACAGGGAAAUCAAUUUGUGAAAGUUGCCAAAUGGGAUGAAGCUGUAAUAAGUUAUACUAAUGCUAUCAGAUACUAUGCUUAUGAUCCAAUCUUUUAUGCUAAUAGAGCUCUAUGUUUUUUGAAGACACAUCAAAUGGAAAAAGCUGAAUACGAUUGUAAUAUUGCUCUUAGAUUAGACAACACUUAUGUGAAAGCUUAUUUAAGAAGAGCUGCUGCUAGGGAAGCUUUAAAUAAAUUGGAAGACGCCAGAUUGGAUCUUCUCAGGGUAUUAGAAUUGGAACCUAAAAAUUCUGAGUCCAGAAAAAAUUUAGAAGAGCUAACGAUCAAAAUAAAAACAUCAUUACCUCAGAAAUCAGCAUCAAAAUCCAGUCAAUCUAGAGAGCAUUCAAAAAGGCAAUCUGAAAUACAAAAUUAUGCAUUAUCUAAGGAAACUGCUCCACAACUGUUAAUAAAAGAAAUUGAUUCAAAAAAACCAGAAUGUAUUUGGCCUAGUGGGGAAGUUGACAACAUUGUGAAGGCUAUUCAGAAACCACCCCACAUGAGAUCAAAAAAACCCCUUGUAAGAAUGGAGAUUAAAGAAAUAAAUAGUGCAAUACCAGAAUGUUCUGAAAGAUUGAAGGAUACUAACUCUGGACCCGCUAAACAGAAUGAAGCUCCUACAUUUAGCAUGACUAUAAAAACAGAAGAAAUUAAAAUCGUAGAACACAAGCAUUCAGAAACUAAUUCAUUUGAAAAUAUUCAGAAAGAUAAUGUUAAUGAACAGGAAGUGAAGGUUCAAGAACUUAAAACACCAAGAACGUCUGUACAGUUUCAUUCAGUAUGGAAACAACUCAAAGGAUCUGAUGAUAAAAAGAGUGAAUACCUGAAACUCAUAAAUCCAAAGAAUAUACCAAAUCUUUUCAAAGAUUCAUUGGAAAGUCAAGUAUUUAGUGAAAUAUUGCUUAUUCUUGCUGAAUAUUUCACUAAGGAAAGAGAUGAAACUUACGAAUAUAUAUUUUAUUUAUCCAAAAUAAAGAGGUUUAGCGCUCUUUCUAUGUUCCUUACUCUUAAUGAUAAAAAUAGUCUAUGGAAAAUGUUCAAUCAUAUGAAGGAGUAUGAAGGGCGUUGUAAGGAAGAAAUCGACAGUUUGAUAACAAAAUAUGAACUGCAAUGAUUAUUUUUACGGAAUUGUUUAAUAUGUAAUUUACUUCUAUGACCCAACUCAUUUAAUUGAUUUGCUAAUUGUUACCAAUAAAUUAUGGAAAACUA